AUGGUUCAGAAAAUAAUCGCCGGUGGUCUGCACUCGGCCGACCCAGAGUGUACUGCCUACACGACCGAUCUCAUGGAGAAACUCGAACAGGCAAAGGCCGAGAACCCUGGCGAGGAGGCCUUGGUCGACGACACCGUCGCAAGCGCUUACUGCGAGCAGUUUGCCCUCCAGACGCUGGCCAAAGCGGAGCGCGAGAUGGCUGAGAACAGAGUCAAUGGACAAACAGUUGAUACCCUGCGCGCAGCCUCCACAUUCCUCGAGAUGAUGUCCGUCUGGAAAAACAACGACGCUGAAAUCGCCGCAAAGACAAAGUACGCCAAGUACCACGCCCUACGCAUCCUCAAAGCUAUCAAGGCUGGUGAAGAUCCCAAUGCCACGAACCCCGUGCAAGAAACCCAACGAGCUGCAUCGCCGCCUGCUUUAGAUCCAGAAGACCCAGAGGUACAGCGUAUAAACCAGGGCGCUCCACCGCAAAGUCCAUACCAGUCAUACGUUGAGUCGGCCCCAGAUACCUCACAACCAUCGCCCAACUUCUCCGCUGCUCCAGUGUCGCCUCCUGCUCCCGAUCUCCCUUCUGCGCCCACCGGAUACACACAGCCCUCGCAUGGCGACGUAUCUCCCAUGUCACAGCCCGCCCAGUCACGGCAGGGCUCUGUCACUUCUAUAGGCGGGGGGUAUUUCCCAAAGACAGAUCCUCCUACCUUCACGGGAGAGUCGGCGCCACCCGGUCUACCAACAGCACCAAUGGAUCGCGAUCCCUUGACAUCUUCUCUGCCUGCCAGUCCCCAAGUACCGCAAGCGCCUGGUGCAUCGGAUCCUGCGAGCUUCUACCAAAAUUCUGCAUCAACACCAGCCGCUCCGCCUGUCCAGAAUACCUACCAACCUCCUCCGCAAAAUCAAUACGCACCACCACAGACAAGCGCUUUCCCGCCUCAACAACAAUACACACCAACGCCGCUCCAGAACCCGUAUGCUCAACCCACACCGCCAACCCAACCUCCACAGCACUAUUCCAAUGGGCCUUUCAAGAAUGACGAAGACUCGAUUGCGCUGGCCCAAAAGCACAUACGAGGAAAGAAGAACCUCGUGCUUGAGAAGACGCUUGCCGGCCCGCUGAAUCUCCUUGUCAAGUUCUCGACGCUACAAGAAUAUGGCGUUGACAAGCCCUUUUUCCUUGAGAACGACAACGUCGACUCCUCACAGCGCAACAUUGUCUUCCUCGUUAGAGGCGAAAAGGCAAAGACUGUGAUGGCUGUUGCUGGUAACGAAAUUGAACAUGAAUUCUCCAUCUUCUGGGUUCCCCGCCGCACUUUGACGUCCGAUCAACUACUUGAAGAAGCAGGUGUCCUGGGUGAAGCUAGUGUGAGCGAGUGGCCAUUGUUUUUCGUGCCUCUUGCAGAUGAUGUCUUGUCGCUUGAGCUGGAAGAUGCCGUGUCGGAUCUGUAUCUUCGAAAAGACCCGACGGCCAUAUAUUUGUCGGCCAAGGCGCUGAUGCUCCAGCAGCAAAAGUAUGGACUCUUUCCACGAAUCAUUGGUAAAGGUGACAAUGGAAAGCGCCUUGCGGACCUGCUCAUUCGUAUGCGCACCGAGGUUGCUGCGAGCGAGACGUCUGGUAGCGGAGGACCGUCGUUUUUGGGAUUGACACCUAGCUCCAACAUAGACAGCCUCAUCAUUAUUGAUCGAGAAGUUGACUUUCCUACCGUGCUACUGACUCAGCUCACCUAUGAGGGCCUUAUUGAUGAGGUCUUCAACAUCUCUGCCAACCAAACGGAGGUUGAUUCUUCGGUCAUUGGCGGCGUAACGCCUCAACAAGGUCAGACGGGCUCGGCAUCUACCAGCAUGAAGCGCAAGGUCAUGAUUGAUGCAAAGGACACAUUGUACGCAGAUCUUGGUGAUGCCAACUUUGCUAUCGUAGGCAAUCUCCUCAAUCAGGCGGCUCGGCGGCUCCAGAGUAGCACUGGACGCGACCAGCUUGCCACGAAGACCACUUCAGAGUUGCGGGACUUUGUCGCAAAGCUUCCCGGUUACCAGGCCGAGCAGGCCAGUCUAAAACUACAUACCAGUCUUGCAGAGGAGAUCAUCAAGUUUACGCGUACCGACAUUUUUACACGAAGUCUGGAAGUGCAGCAAAACAUCAUGUCUGGCGCAGACCCUACAACACAGCACGAUACCAUUACCGAACUGAUCAACCGCGACGUACCUUUGCCUGCCAUUCUGCGUCUACUAUGCUUGGAGAGUACAACAAACGCGGGUAUCCGUCCGAAGGAUCUCGAAAACUUCAAACGUGCCAUUAUUCAGGCCUACGGUCCGCAGCACAUGCUCACCCUCGCUUCUCUCGAGAAGAUGGGUCUGCUUGCCCCACGAGGAGGCGUGAGUCUCGGCGGCGUAGGUGCACCAGCAAAACCAGGCAGUGUAACCAACUACACGCCCUUGAGAAAGAGUCUGAAAAUCUGGGACGACGAUGUCAAUGAGGCAAAUCCAAACGACAUAUCGUACACUUUCUCGGGUUACGCACCCCUAAGUGCCCGUCUGAUCCAAUCAAUCAUCCAAAAACACACUUUGGCAAAUGCCAUCAAGCCUUCCACCGAUCCUCGGGCGUCGGCUCAAGCAAACCCCCUCGCGCAGGGUCUCCGUAUCUUUGAUGAUGCGACGAAAUACAUACGCGGCGCCACAUUUGAUGAGGCGCAAAAGGGAGAGGAAAAAGCUGUGAAAGCGAGGCAGUUGCUCAAUGGCAGCCAAGCCGAGAAAAACAAGACCGUAGCCGUAUUCUUCCUCGGUGGUGUCACGAGAGCGGAAAUUGCGGCUUUGAGGUUCAUCGGCAAUAAAUUGAAGGAGUCUGGAGGUGAGGGCAGGGGCAGUCGGAUUGUCGUUUGUGCGACGAAUAUCAUUCGGGGCGAGGAGUUGGUGGGGAGUGCGGUUGAGAAGAGGAGGUUUAAGGCGUGA